AAGAAGAAACAGAAGGAAGAAAAAGCAGCUGAAGGAGAAAAAGAAACAAUAUAAGCUAAAGGACAUUGACUACAUUUUACUUUCUUUUUUCUUUCUGUCUUUCUUUCUCUUCUGUUUUUGGGAGCAACAUGGGACAACAUUUCACCAAUGAGGAAGGGGAACAAGCAGACAUUGAUGUUGCUGAGUUGCAGGAAUGGUAUAAGAAGUUUGUGGUGGAAUGUCCCAGCGGGACUCUCUUCAUGCAUGAAUUCAAACGCUUCUUUGGAGUCCAGGAUAACCAGAAAGCAGCAGAAUAUAUUGAGACUAUGUUCAAAGCUUUUGAUAAGAAUGGGGAUAAUACCAUUGAUUUUCUGGAGUAUGUGGCUGCUUUGAAUCUUGUCCUACGAGGAAAAUUGGAACACAAGCUGAGAUGGACAUUCAAAGUGUACGACAAGGAUGGGAACGGCUGCAUAGACAAACCUGAGCUCUUAGAAAUAGUUGAUUCUAUUUACAGGUUGAAGAAAGUGUGUCGGUCAGAAAGGGAAGAGAGGACUCCACUGCUCUCCCCCGAGGAAGUUGUGGAGAGGAUAUUUCAGUUAGUAGAUGAGAAUGGGGAUGGGCAAUUGUCCCUUGAUGAGUUCAUUGAUGGUGCACGGAAAGACAAAUGGGUGAUGAAGAUGUUACAAAUGGACGUAAACCCUGGAGGGUGGAUUGUGGAACAGAGAAGGAAAAGUGCUUGUUUUAAUUGA